AUGGAUAUGUCAUUAUUUACAGGUAUCACCCUGUUUAGUGAUGAUAACAUCCAUGAUCAACAACAACAACAACAACAAGAUGAAGGUGAUGAACAACAAAAUAGUAGUGCAUUAUCCACAUCUAAUGAUAAUAAUAAUAAUAAGAGUGAAAUAAUGAAAGAAUGGUUUAAUGAACAUUAUUAUAAUCUUAUACAAUACCAUGCAAUUAGAAAGACAAGAUUACAAGAAUUCAAGACCGAGUUGAAUAAUCCUGCUGCAUCACCAAUGAGCAAAGAGGAAAAGAAAACGUUGCAACUUGAACACUAUCAAAAGGAAACUGCCUAUCUUAGAUUAAAGAGAAAGACAAUACAACAAGACUUUGAACCACUUUUCAUAUACACUUCUAUAAAGUCUAAACAUAAUCUAUCAGAUGAAGGGACUUUAUCUUCCUCUGCAACUACCACCUCAUCCUCCUCUACCUCCUCCUCCUCCUCUUCUGACAAGAAAAAGAAACCAUCACCUAAAUCACUCAUUCCAAUCUCAAAAGAUGCCGAUGGUAACAAACAAGUGCGUAAAAAGAGCGGUACUAUUGCAGCAACUGCAUUAUCACCCCAAUCUCCAGAUUCAAUUGAUUUCUCUAUUAAAAAACAAUUAAUCAAUAAUAAUAAUAAUAAUAAUAAUAAUAAUAAUAAUACACCUACAACUACAUCAACGACAUCGACGACGACGGCAUCAUCAUGGACAAGUGCGACACCAAUUAAUAAUAGUAAUAAUAAUAGUCAUCAAGGAUAUUUGGCAACACCAUCAUCACCACUGCCAAAUAUUAGUUUUAAUCAAGGUGGUACUAUUAUAUCAUUUUCAAAUUCACCUACUACUUCAUUUGAAGAUCUAUCCAAACCACUUGCAAAGAGUAGUAGUGAUAUCCCACCUUCUACUUCUACUACUACACCUAGACAAGUUAGAUUCAGUAAUGAUACUGAUAGUAUACCAACAUCACCGGCCGACAAUGCAACCGACUUUUAUGAUCCACGCGGUAGUGUACGUCGUACCAAGAGUAUAUCGAGUAUCACCAAAGACCGUGGAGGAUUGGCUUCAUACACUCCAACACCACUUAAAAACAAAUCCUAUACUAUGCAAUUCAAGGUCGAUGCCAAGGUCAAAUUGGAGCAAACUGAAAAACUACUAUUUGAAAAGGAGGAGGAUACUCGUGUGGCCGCAGAGAUUGGUCAAAGAUUGUUGGAUCGUAUCCAAGAGUUGGAAGACGAGUUGACACAGACAAAGUCAAAAGAGGGCGAGCAACAGAAACGUCUCGAGGCAAUGGACCAAAUCACAGAUGAAAAUGGUCGAUUAAAGACUGAAAUCCUGAUGCUUGGCAGCAAGGUCGAUAGUGCAUCGAUGGAAAAUGCAGCACUCAUUGAAAAAGAGUCUCAUCUCGAGGAAAAGAUAACACAACAACACAAUUGGCUGCGCAAUGAAUACACUCCCAUGCGAUCACGUACCAUCAAUCAACAAAAGGAAGAAAUUGAGAAUCUCAAAAUAAGUGUCGACCAAUUGCAAGCCGCCGAGGACAAAUUGAAAAAGAAUCGUGAUCGUCUUGCAUCGCAGAAUGAAGUGCUUUCUGGAUCGGUUGCAGAUCUUCAAUUGGCACUAAAGGAAAAGGUCGAUCUAAAGGAUUUCGAAGUACUCAAAAACAAGAUGAAAGAUGCUCGAACUAAAAACAGAGAAUUACGUGCACGUAUUUCAGAGUUGGAAGAAAGCAGCAGUGGCUCUGCCUUGGCAUUGGCAGAACCUGAAGUAUUCCUCAGAUCGGCAUUCAACGACCUAUUGAGAAAUGAAGAACUCAUCAAUUCUACUCCAAGAAUAACCAAUCUUCGUGUACUAUCCGAUGCAAAGAUCAUGUUGGGUCGUCUCGAAGCAAUCGUUUACAAUAACAAUGAUAUGUCGCUCAUUACAACACUUGUCAAUUUUUUGGAAAAUGAAGCCAACAAUGACGAACAAAAUAGAAUCCUUGCAAAUAAUAUAUUAUCUCUAAAUGAAUCUUUUGAAUCAACUGAUGAUAAACCUCAAGAUCCUCAAACUGCUUUAUAUAUGUUAAUAUGUAUUGUAUCAAUUCAUAAAUAUACAAAAUAUGAUAAAAAGAGAUUAGAAGGAGAUAAUGGAACGAUUGAUGAAUUGGGAAGCCAAGUGGAAACUUUGAAAAAGGUGAUCAAUAACUUGGAAUUUAAUUUGGGUGAAGCCAAAUUGAUCAAUCAAAAGCUAGAGGAAGAUAUUGAUAUGCUAAAGACACCACGUCACAAUAAUGAGUUUAUGUCAAUGGCCGAUGAAUUAAAGAGUAGUGGUCAGAUCGUUGACCAAAGUGAAUUAGAUCGUGUUCGUCAACAAUAUGAAAAACAAAUUGUUGAAAUGGAUCAAAUGCAACUUUCAAAUGCAUUCGAGAUUGAAUCACUCAAACAUCAACUGGAGAAACGGUCACAAUCUAUCCAAGAAUUACAAGACAAGUUGAAUCGUUUGGGUGAGGAGUUGACCAGUGAAAAGGAAUCACUUAAAAAGGAAUUGGAUGCAUUGUUGCAAGAUAAAAAGAGUUUAGAGGAAGCACUCGUACAAGAAAAGAAAGAGUUGAGUGAUACUCAACAAAGAGAAUUGGCUCUACUUGGUGACUUGGACAAUUUACUCGAACAACUUUCAAAUGAAAAGAGUAACUUUGACAGGACACUACAAGAUGAAAAAGAUCAAUCCAAAAAGAUUUUACAAUCACUCGAACAAGAAAAACUUCAACUCGUCCAAUCCAUCGAACAACUUGUAUCUGAAAUUCAACAACUCCAACAAAAACAAAAGCAACUUGAAUCAACCAUUGAAUCAAUGCUCAUUGAAAGUAAUUCGUUAAAGAGUGAAGUGGAAACUUUAAAAGACACUAUCAUUCUAGAACAACAAGAAAACCAAAGAUCGAAAAACGAGAUUGAUCAACUAAAGAUCAGUCACCAAGAAACCAUUGAAAAGUUAAACACUCAAAUCAAAGUACUCCAAUCUACAAUUGAAAAGAUUACAUCUGAUAUGAAUGAUGGUAUUCAACAACAAUCAAAAGAUCAUUUACAAUUGCAAGAGGAAAUUGAAAGAUUAAAAAAAGAAAAUAUAUUAUCAAUUCAAGAAAGUUUAUCAUUCCAACAAAAAAGUCAUCAAUUACAACAAUCUUUGGAUCAAUCACAAAAGGAUAAUGAAAAAUUAAAAGACAAUAAUAAUAAUUUGACAAAUGAUAAUAAUAAUUUGACAAGUGAUAAACAGCAAUUACAACUGUCAUUGGAUCAAUCUAAAAAUGAUAAUCAACAAUUAAAGGAUGAUAAUAAUAAUUUGGUAAAUGAUAAACAACAAUUACAACAAUCAUUGGAAAAGGAAAAAGAAUUGUUGGAUCAAUCAAAGAAGGAUAAUGAAAAGUUAUCUUUGGAUAAUAGUAAUUUGACAAAUGAUAAACAACAAUUGCAACAAUCUUUGGAUCAAUCACAAAUUGAUAACAAAGAAUUAAAGGAUGAUAAUAAUAACUUGGAUGAUAAUAAUAAUUUGGUAAAUGAUAAACAACAAUUACAACAAUCUUUUGAUCAAUCACAAAAGGAUAAUCAACAAUUGAAAUCAAAAUCAGAGGAUUUGGAAAAGGAAAAACAACAAUUACAAUUAUCAUUGGAACAAUCACAAAAAGAUAAUCAAGAAUUAAAACAAUCAUUUGACCAAUCUCAAAAGGAUAACCAAGAAUUAAAAUCAAGAUUGGAAGAAUUGGAAAAGGAAAAGCAACAAUUACAACAAUCUUUGGAUCAAUCACAAAAAGACAACAAAGAAUUAAAGGAUGAUAAUAAUAACUUGGUAAAUGAUAAACAACAAUUGCAACAAUCUUUAGAACAAUCACAAAAAGAUAAUCAACAAUUACAAUUAUCAUUUGAUCAAUCACAAAAGGAUAAUCAAGAAUUGAGAUCAAAGUUGAGAUCAAAGUUGAAAGAAUUGGAAAAAGAAAAUCGAUCAUUGGAAAAGACAAUUCAAGAAUUAAAGGAAGAGAUUGAAAACAAGGUUAAACAAUUAUCUUCGUCUGACAGUGAAAAGGAUAAUAUUAUUCAACAAUUAAGAAGUGAUGUAGAAGAAGCCAAUAACAAAAAGAAUUGUUUGUUGGCAGAACAUAUUGUUUCGAUCAAUGCAUUGACAUCACAACUAAAAUCAUUGCAAUCUCAAAACGAACAAUUACAAGACAGCAAAGAUCAAGUCAACUCUAUUGUCGAACAAGCCAACCAGACUAUUUUACAAUCGAUCGACGCAACCAACCAACAAUUCCAACAAUCAAUCGAUCAAGCCAACCAACGUAUUCAAUCACUCAUUGAUAUGAUUGCCAUGAUUCUAGAAAAGGUACAAAAGGAUAAAGAGCUACAGGACAAGGUCAAGGUUGAUUUACAACACUGGAAAGAAAAGGCCAACCAACUCAUUGUCGACUUGGAAAAUGAAAAGGAAAACACAGAGUCUCUCACCACCGAGAACCUUCAACUCAAGGAACAAAUCAAAGAGUUGCAACUUCGAUUGGAGAACAAAACGAGAAAGCACAAGUCUGUCAAAGAGUUGUCGUUGCAGUUGACCGACAUGAUCAAACUAGUUCAACAAAAGAAAGAGCAAAAGGAGGCGAAGAAGGAAUUGGAGAAUACCCUUGUUGUACCAGCCGUCGACAUGGUAAAGAAUUACGAGUGUCCCGAAGAACCAGCUCUUCUCUCGUAUAUCAACCAAAAGCUCAAACCACACGGUGACUAUCUCGACCAUAUCUUCCCACUCGACCUCUCCAAACAUAUUCUAUGUUCCAUCUAUGACGGUGUUUUAUUGUGUGAAUUGGUCAAUUUUGCGAGAGAGGGAACCAUCGAUGACCGUGUCGUCAACCAAAAGCCAAAGAAUCAAAUGGAGGUUGACCAAAACUUUAAUCUUGUCACCAACUCUGCUCGUGCCAUUGGCUGCAAGUUUUUACCCGGACAAAAGAUGACCCCACAAACGUUGCGUGAUGACCCAUUGCUCGCACUAUCGCUCAUCUACGAGUUGGUUCGUGUCCAAAUCAUGGCACCCAUCACCGUCGUCAACUAUCCCAACCUCUUGCUCCUCAAAACACCCGAUGAAGAGGUCAAACACUUUUUGGCACUUUCUACACCCCAACUACUACAGCGAUGGGUUAUCUAUAAUCUCGAUAGCAAUUGCACCCAAAACAACACUAAUCUGCGUCGAUCAAUGGUCAUCAAAGCCAAAGUACAAGGAACUGUCGAAGACUUGGUUCUCCAUGACAUCAAUACCACCAAACUCUUAUGUUCACUAGACAAGGAGUUGGUUGCUCCAACCACCACCACCGAUCAAACAGGCAUAUAUGAAUGGAUCAUCAAUGAAUCAACAAAUAGAUUUGAUAUUUUCCCUUGGUUAUCAAUUCAUUCAUUUUUAAACAAAAAUACCAAAUUAGCAUUAUUAUAUGUAACAAGUUUAUUUAUUUCACCAAAAGGUGUUUCAUCACUUAUUAUUUCACAGGAAUCCAAUGAUGGAAAGGAAGCAACAUCCAUUACAAAGGUUGUCCAAGAAGUCAAAUCUAUUUUGGUCGAUGUUGAUGGCACCAGAGAAGAAAGAGCCUUUUGUAUGUGGCUCAAUUCACUCGAUGUCAAUCCCUAUGUUAAUAAUUUACAACAAGAUCUUCAAGAUGGUUUAAUUCUAUUACAAAUGUUUGAUAAAAUUAAACCAGGUAGUGUAAAUUGGCAAAAAGUAAAUCAAAAUCCAAACAAUGCAUACAAGGAAUUAGAAAAUUGUAAUUAUGCAAUUAGUUUGGCAAGACAAUUUAAUUUCUCGAUGGUCAAUGUCGGAGGCAAGGAUAUCAACGAUGGUCAAUUGAAGCUGACAUUGGGAUUGAUCUGGCAAGCUUGUAAAUAUCAUCUUUUAUCAAUUCUCCAAAGCCUAUGGGGUCCGAGCGGCAGUGGAGCAAGUCGGGGUGUUGGCGGGUCCAAUGAGAUGACCGAGGCCGAUAUCAUCAAGUGGGCAAAUCAAAAGGUAACAACCAUAGGCAAAGCAAGCGGCAUCAACAACUUUAAGGACACUUCUAUCGGUAGUGGCAUGUUCCUCAUCGAUCUUUUGGAGAGCGUGUGUCAAGGCUGUGUAAAUUAUUCGAUCGUCCAUCAGGGAGAAACCGACGACGAAAAGAAGGCAAACGCUCAAUACAUCAUCAAUGUGGCUCGUAAACUCGAUUGUUGUAUAUUUUUGGUGUGGGAGGAUAUCGUUCAAGUUCGACCAAAGAUGAUUCUCACCCUUGUCGCUCAACUAUAUAUUAAAAGUGAAGGUUUAAAUCAUCGUGUCGACGAUACCGAUGAUGAAUAA